AUGUCAGGUGUUGAUCUCGCAGCGAUCCAGAAGCAAGUAGAGUACUACUUCUCUGAUAAGAACUUGAAGAAGGACAGAUUCUUCCACUCCAAAAUCUCUGCUGAUAAGGAAGGAUGGGUGGAUAUUUCAUUCAUCAUGAACUGUAACAAAGUAAAGCAGUUGACGACCAAUCAGGAAGAUGUCGUCGAAGCUAUUAAGGACUCUACUGAAGUAGAAUUUGAUACAGGAGGAGUUAGAAGAAGAGGAAACAAAGCUCUUCCUGAAUUAGUCGAGGAGAAGAAGGAAGAGGAGAAAGUUGAGCAGCAAGAUGAUGGUGUUAUUACUGAGAGAGACUUUAAAAAUCCUAAGAUUGUGUCCUUUAAAGUUACAUCAAAGAGUGAGGAAAAUAAAGAUGAACCAUCCUGGAGAGACUUAGAGAACCAUCUUGAGGAAUCUUUCCCAACUCUCAAAUUUCUUUACUCCAGGCAAAAGGAAUUUGUUGGGCAACUUGCCAUCUCAAGUAACAGAACUGAUACUGCAGCUCUUAGCAAGCUUAUGAAGGAUACUAUCACCAUUGCUGAUUUCGACUACCUCUUCGAAGAGCCUAAUGACGAAGAUCUUAAAGAGUUCUGGGAGAAUCACGGUUCUCACUACGAGAUGUGCCAAAAGCAAAAACUCAGAAAAAUGAGGAAGAGAAAGAGAGAAGAGAAGGCAGCUAAUGGCGACAAGGAUGGAUCCAAGAAGCAGAAGGUUGAAGAUGAUAAACAAUACACCAUUGCUGGAACCACUUAUAUGAACAUCAACAAAGUUAAAUCUAAGGCUAAGACCAUCAUGAACAUAAAGGAUGAUGGCCAAAAGUUGGAAGGAUACGAAGAGGAGUUCUUAAAAGAGAUUAUCAAACAUCAUGAAAAACACGAUGAAAAGAUGAAGGACUUCAGCCAUUUCAUUGUUGAUGAACAUCCAAGCUACAGAAAUACUAGAUGUUUCUUCGUAGUCAGGGCCGAUGGUACCAAAGAAGACUUUUCCAUGAGUAAAUGUAUAAAGAAGAUGGAAGAGACUGAGUAAUUUACAUAAGACAUCUUAUUGACUCAACUAUA